UAUACCAGCCAUGCACUCAAGGCUUUUCAUCCAUCCACCUACAGCAUGAAUAUACUUUUCAAUCGUGCUUCAUUGAAGCGUAGCUCUCGUACUCGCACCAGAAAACCCUCAGACGCUGGCUGUCCAUCAACCCUCGAAAUAAUACCAGAGUGCUUAGAAAUUCAGAACAACUCACGACUCACUCUAUCCGAAUUCCCAUUCUCAAUCGACGAUGCCUUGCUCAUGCUCAAUGACACCCCUCGUUCACCUACUCUAUCUGCAUCCUCUUCCACAGAUGAUAGCAUGCCUGCUACCCCAUGUGCAUCAGACGACGAAGAUCUUCCUCUCCCAACUCCCCGUCUGACACCAAAGCGCAUCACCAUUCGUCCUCUGUGUAUAACCAAGACCCGUUCUAUAGUCUGCGAGGACGCCACCGAUCCUCCUGAAGAAGAAGACGAGUACGAUUUUUACACACGCCAAUUCGAGGACUUUAUCUCCCUGUACUCGCCUGUGCCCUCUGCACCUGCACCAGCCCGUCCAGAAUCUAUCAUUCUCUCACACGAGGUGGCACCCCAGCCACCAAAACCACGCGGACGCAGUCGUUUCUCAAAGGCUCUCCCACUCCUUCCUCUCCCUACCCCGCCUCUAACGCCUGUUCCACCCGUUCCGCAGCUACCAGUCUCAGGUAUCCGGAAAAAACGUAUCCUUCCACCCUUGCCAAUCUACCCACCACCCCCACCCCCAAUUGAAAACCGCCCCCCUCCUCGUAUGGCUGUCCCCUCUGACAUCGAAGAGCUCGAUGUUCUCGAACAAGAGGAGCAACAGCCAGUUUGCCCAAUCAUCAUCGAACAAAUAUGGUUUGACGAUGAGGAAGAAUCCAUAUAUUCUCAGCCUUCCUUCGUACCAAGCCAAGACAUCCACCCCACUGCACCAGUCCCGGAAACACUCAGCCUUCCUCGCGCAAGCACCGACUCUGACACUCCCCGGUCGUCUCUAGACUCGUUUUCAAGCAGCCAAUCCCACUCUUCCUUCUCAUCCUCGAGCUCGUCUGAGGAAAACGCCCCUAUCUCCCCCUUCUCCUUCCCUCCCACUCCAGGACCCGAACUCCACCAACUCCGCAGUCGAUGGAGCUGUUCCACGAUAUCCUCACACGUUACUGAACCUCCACGCACAAUUCUGAGUCCCUUGCGUGGGGUGUUUGUGUCCAAAUCGAAAAUGAAUUCAGGGUCAAGGCGGGCGCCUCCUCCUCUGCUUCCAAUUAUGUCUACACCUCCUCGUUCUCGUCCAUCACAUAGCUCAUCGCCUUUACAAACGCGGAGCAACACCCAGAAUCAGACCCGGUCACAUAAUCCGUACAUAAUGCCUCUAACACGAAUGUUAUUCCCCACAACGCCCUCCCCGCCCACAACGCCCACGCCUAGCAGGCACAUCCGCCGUCAACAAUCACGCUCGUCGACGUCUUCUGAGUCGUCUGAAAGCGGGAGCUGUGAGAGCGGAGGCAGUGCGGGGUUGAAAAGGAAACCGAUUCCUAUUGAGAUGUUUUUGAGGGCUUAAUUGUCUGAGCGUGGGUGGGGUUUCGAUCUUCCUGUCUAUUGUCUUUUCCGUUUUGUUCUUUUGUUCAAAGGUUUUGUUUUACCUUUUCGUUGAUGUCUAUUUGCUCUCGUUAACGACGACGACGAUUUAUGAUUAUUGUAUUCAUCAUCAUCACUCGCAGCUCGCUCAUUCAUGCAUAUUAAUAUCCAUAAUGUACCUGCAUCUUCCGGUCACUUUGCAUUUCCUCGCUGACACGUCUUUCGUUUUUUUUUAUCUCUGAACUCUUGCAUGUCUUUGCAUUCCAUUACGUUUCUACGCACUCUCUCUGUCUCUAUAGCAUGGUCCACUUGUAGCCUAGUUCAUACUACGAUGAAAUGAUAUCCGAUGUUUUGACGUUCCA